AUGCAAGAGGAGCAACAGCCGGAGGCUGCUGCAGAUCCAAUGUCCUCCUCUGAUGCACCAGAAGAUGGCCCAAAGGAAACAUCAAGUGUAUCGCAGAAUAUCUCUGAUGCAGAUGCAUUUAAAAUUCUUCUGGAGAUGAAGAUGAAGAAGAGGCAGAAAAAACCUAAUUUACCAAGUACUGUGACUGAGCUUGACACCGAGGAUGGGUCUAAAGUAUAUGUGGUUGGAACAGCCCACUUCAGUGACAGCAGCAAAAAGGAUGUAGUGAAGACAAUACAAGAAGUGCAGCCUGAUGUAGUUGUGGUGGAACUAUGCCAGUACAGAGUUUCUAUGUUAAAGAUGGAUGAAAAGACAUUACUAAAGGAAGCCAAAGAAAUAAAUCUGGAAAAACUUCAACAAGCUAUAAAGCAGAAUGGAGUCAUGUCUGGAUUGAUGCAAAUGCUGCUUCUGAAGGUUUCUGCUCACAUCACAGAACAGCUGGGAAUGGCCCCAGGAGGAGAAUUCAGGGAGGCUUUCAAAGAGGCCAGUAAAGUACCUUUCUGUAAAUUCCAUCUUGGAGACCGACCCAUCCCUGUUACAUUUAAGAGAGCAAUUGCUGCACUUUCUUUCUGGCAAAAAGUCAAGCUUGCCUGGGGCCUUUGCUUCUUAUCUGACCCAAUCAGUAAAGAUGAUGUGGAGAAAUGCAAACAGAAGGAUUUACUGGAGCAAAUGAUGGCAGAAAUGAUUGGAGAAUUUCCUGAUCUUCAUCGAACGAUUGUCUCAGAACGAGAUAUUUACUUGACCUACAUGCUGAAGCAAGCAGCAAAGCAGAUAGAACUACCUCGAGCUUCAGAAACUGAACCUAGAAAUUAUAUCCCAGCGGUUGUGGUUGGUGUUGUUGGGAUGGGUCAUGUACCUGGAAUUGAAAAGAACUGGAACUCCGACUUAAACAUCCAGGAAAUAAUGAGUGUGCCUCCUCCAUCAGCUUCAAGUAAGAUUUUCAAAUUUGUCAUAAAAGCAACAGUUUUUGGACUGAUGGGAUAUGGCUGCUACCGACUAGGUCAAAGGACAGUUCAGUUUAUUCUCUCAAUGCCAGCAGCACAGAGCUAUCUUCAGAAGCUGACAGAAAUGAGGUCUCAGCAUUGAACAUCGAGUGGAGGCACUAGGUGAAGAAGGUGGCUGAAAAAGGGUGACAGAGGCAACAAAUGUGAACUGGACUGAAAGAAGAGGGAGAUGAGGAUUCUAGUCAGAGGUGAUUGAUGCUGAGCAACGCUGAAUUGCUGUAUAAUAAAAUAUUUGAUACUGAAGUUACACCAGCUAUGAUCUAAUGAAUAAGCUUGAUUCCUGGUAAGAGUGUUGCAUGAAACCACAUGAUUCCAGACUGAGGAAAAAGAAAUAUGUAGGCAAAUAUAUAUAUUAUAUAUAUGCAUACUCUUAUAUAUAAUAUAUAUUACUGAUGAUGUAGUACAGACAGCUUAAAGAGGGUA